AUGAGACUGAAACUUCUGCACCUUCAGACCAGAUCUUUCCACGCUUUAACAACAAUAUGCCGAUGCCAAAGCUUUAGUAAAACUGGACAUCCACUAUUAAAGCCGGAUAAUGAAGUUGACAGAACAGCUCACAGAACAGCAAAGUCUUGGAAUUUGUAUGCUCUGGAAACUGCUUUGCCCUUUUUGACAAAUCAAUACGUGCAAGUCAAGAAUUGGCAAUUGCUCCAAGGAAAUUUAUCGGCUUUGGGAAAAAACAUUUAUUAUCAGAGUGGGGAGGUAUUUUUUCCAUCCUGGAAAUGUUUUGGUGUGGCGAUGACGGAAAACUACAAGCUCAAUACAGAGCGUAUGAAAAAUCUUAGGAACAUACCAUCAAGAUUUUACUCGGUUGUAUCAGCUGGGAAAAUUAUUCCAAAACCCAGUAACCAGACAAUAAAGAGGCCACCAAAGGCACCAAGGACCAAGCAGCCAUCCAGAACCAACCAGCCACCGUCAGACGUGGAGAAUUUGAUGCAGUGCACAGCCUUUGCAACAGCAGAUGAAUAUCAUCUUGGUAAUCUGUGUCAUGACCUGACUUCACAUGGAUAUGUUGAAAUAACAAGUUUGCCUAGAGAUGCUGCAAAUGUUUUGGUGAUUGGUACUGAGAAAUGUGCAAAAGAAGAUGAUCCUGGCAUGAUUUUUUUCUUCAGGGAAGGGGCUGUUGUGUUUUGGAAUGUGGAAGAGAAAAGUAUGAAGAAUGUUAUGCAAAUGCUGGAACAGCAUGAAAUUCAGCCAUAUGAAGUUGCACUAGUCCACUGGGAGAAUGAAGAGCUGAACUACAGAAUAGGAGAAGGCCAGUCAAAGCUUCAUAAAGGAGAAAUCUUGUUAAAUUCUGAGCUGGAUAGUGAUGAAGUUGUUCUGCAGAAAUUUGCCUUUUCAAAUGCCCUGUGUCUUUCUGUGAAGCUGGCUAUUUGGGAAUCAUUAUUGGAUAACUUUGUGGAAUCUAUCCAGUCAAUUCCAGAGAUCCUGAAGUCACGAAGGAAGGUGAAACUGUCUCACGCAGAUGUAAUGCAGAAAAUUGGAGAACUCUUCGCAUUAAGACACCGUAUAAAUCUGAGUUCAGACCUGCUAAUAACACCUGACUUCUACUGGGAUAGAGAGAAACUGGAAGAGCUUUAUGACAAGACUUGCCAGUUUCUCAAUAUUAAUCGCAGAGUUAAGGUAAUGAAUGAAAAGCUUCAGCACUGCAUGGAUCUGACAGACCUAAUGCGAAAUCACCUGAAUGAAAAGCACACUCUGCGCCUCGAGUGGAUGAUAGUAAUACUCAUCACCAUAGAGGUUCUGUUUGAACUUGCAAGGGUAGUUUUCUGAUGACAGAAGAAACUCAGAAGAAAACUGACAAAACCAUAAACAC